AUGACAUCAGUGGUCAUACAAAAAUUUGUUACACAGUCCAAAGGAAGCAUCUGUUCUGGAACAUUGUUAGAGAAGCAACAUUUUCAUAUAGUCAUUUCAAGAUGUUUUGGAGGAACAAGCAGUUUAUUUUACUCCAAAAAACAUUCAAAAGGAAAACCCAAAGUUCAUCGAUCCAUGCUGGAUCAAAGUUUUGAAUAUAUGGAACAUGAAAGUCAAAUGUAUAAAGGUGGUACAAAUAUAAUAAAGUACCGUGAUGUGCCCAGUCCUAAACAGAUUUUUCGGUUCCUUCAAGAACGUGUUAUUGGGCAAGAAAGAGCCAAAAGAGUUCUCUCUUCUGCUAUCUACUACCAUUACAGGAGAAUUCAACAUAACGAGCAGAUAAAAGAAAAGCCAAUUUUGCAUCGCUCCAUUUCAAGUGCGGAACGGGCAUCUACUCAGGAUUUUGUUCGACAGAAUCCUCAUGAUAACACUCUUGGAUCAAAUGCAGCCAAAUAUAAUCCGCACCAAAAACUUCUCACACAGACAGCCUAUAUCAACACUGUCAUCCCAAAUCAUUUACAAGAACUUCUGGAUGCAGACAAUGCAAAUUCUGUCGAGAAGAAUAUGGUUUUGGAAAAGAGUAACAUCUUGCUUCUCGGACCUACUGGAUCUGGUAAAACUUUACUAGCUAAUGCUGUGGCCGAGUUUCUGGAUGUGCCAUUUUAUGUGGGAGACUGUACAUCCCUGACAAUAUCAGGGUAUGUAGGCGAUGAUGUGGAAACCCUGUUAUCUGGUCUCCUCAGUAAUGCUAAUAAUGAUUUGGAGAGAUGUCAGCAAGGAAUAAUUUUCUUAGAUGAAAUAGACAAACUGAAAAAAACAUCAUCCCUGAAUUCAGACCGAGAUGUUGGUGGAGAGGGAGUGCAACAGAGACUUUUGAAGAUCCUGGAAGGUACAAAAGUCAGAGUUCCUGACAAGAGGUCGAUGCCAUCAUCUUACAAAGAAAUAGACACCACUAAUAUCCUGUUUGUGGGAUCUGGAGCGUUCAAUGGCCUUGACCAAAUCAUCCGCAACGACAGGGACAGAAAGGUAUUUGGCUUUGGGAAGCAGACUGAGGACCAGACAGAUGCUGACAGUCUGAUUGCUGAAGUUGAGCCAAAAGACAUCAUCAAAUUUGGCAUGAUCCCAGAGUUUUGUGGUCGCAUGCCUAUUCUUGUACCAUUCCAUGGCCUUUCUACAGACAUGCUGGUCAAAAUCCUGACAGAGCCUAAAAAUGCUGUAGCAAAUCAGUUCAUAGCUCAAUUUAAGACAGAAAAUUGUCAGCUUGUUUUCACACCUGAUGCACUUCACACAGUUGCAGAGUCUGCCUUUCAAAAGAAUGUUGGAGCUCGUGGGCUUCGGUCGUUACUGGAGAACUUGUUAGAAGAUCCACUGUUUGAAGUGCCAAAUUCAAAUAUCAAGAAAGUAGUUAUCACCAAAGAAGUUGUUCUGGGACAAAAACCACCAAAUUAUUUCAAAUCCUGAUACAUGUAAUAAAUA